GAAGUCUGUGGUUCAGCUGGACAUGGCUAACAAUAAGAAAGCGUUGGUGGUGCCGGCCUUCGAGACGCUCCGUUACCGUCUGUCUUACCCCAAGUCCAAGGCUGAGCUGUUGUCCCAGCUGGACAUGGGGACUCUGUUCACCUUCAGGUACCAUGUCUGGACGAAGGGUCACGCUCCCACUAACUUCGCUAAGUGGAGGACUGCCACCACGCCGUACAGGGUCCAGUGGGAAGCGGACUUUGAACCCUACGUGAUGGUGAGACGGGACAGUCCAGAGUACGACAGACGCUUCGUUGGCUUUGGGUGGAAUAAAGUGGCUCAUGUCAUGGAGUUGGAUGCACAGGAGUAUGAGUUUGUGGUUCUGCCCAACGCCUAUAUGAUCCACAUGCCUCAUGCUCCCAGUUUCGACAUCACUAAGUUCCGCUCCAACAAGCAGUAUCGCGUCUGCCUGAAGACCCUGAAAGAGGAGUUCCAACAGAACAUGUCUCGACGAUACGGCUUCGCUGCCCUCAAAUACAUGACUGCAGAGAACAACAGCUAGCCAACACUGAUGAGCCAGGACACUCUGACCCGUUAUUGACUACACUACCCAUAACCCCCCCCCCCCCUCCUCCUCUAAGGCUGUCUAGGACUACACUACUACCCAGGAUCCCUCUGGGCUGGGCAGAGGAGAGGGAAAGAGCGGUGGAUUCGAAGGACAGUCGAUGUAGGGAGUCAGGAGUGGACAGAAUGGUUACUAAAGACUCUUACCACGAACUCUGACCUUUGUGCCGACCAAUCCAUGAGGUUUAAAUUGUGAGCUCUGAUUCUUGUGAACUCUCACCUUUUUAGUUUUGGGGUUUAUGACCUGGUUUGAGACAAACCAGCGUUAACCAACUGAAGGGUAACCGGGGGUAACCGUAAGGUCGUUGUGUGCCAUUGUUUAACCCCUCCGAGGACCGGGUGGAGCAACCGGUCCAGGAGUUGCUGACCUGGUUUCUGGCUGGUUUCUGGCUGGGCGAGGAAGCUGUUGCUGUGAUGGAUGAGUCUGUACAGGCUGGUUUGGACUCUUACAACUCUCCGUUCUUCUCUAACAACAGAACUGGACAUCACUAUGGGAGGGAGGGAGGGA